CGGCGGCCAUCAUCGCCAUCAUCAGGAGGCGGGUCAGCUGCUGCGGCGCCGAGCUGUCAGACGCCCUCCACCUGUAUUUACUUAUUCCACCCUCUUGACGAUGGUGGACGAGGAGGAGCACGUGGACCCCAGGAAGCUGACGUGCCUGGCCGACAUCCAGAAGGCCCACGACAAGCUGUGCCGGGAGGAGGUGGCCGUGGCGGAGCGUUUGGAGUGGAGCGUGGGCAACCGUCACCACCUGGAGGCCCGCCUGUCCCAGCUGGCCCGCCUGGUGCCCACACUGCAGCUGGUGCGCGCCGACGCCAGGCAGCUCGAGAACACCAUCUCCUUCACACACCAGCUGGCUAACAAUGUUUCUGCCAAAGUUCGCCAGCUGGACUUGGCAAAGAGCCGUGUGGUGGAGACGCAAGCACGGGUUGGUGACUUGCUGGACCUGGAGGGCUGCAGCGGGGGAGUGGCCACGGCGCUAACACAGGAGGACUAUGAGACGGCAGCGGCGCACAUCCACCGCUUCCUUGCCAUGGAUGAGACACUACUCCUGCACACAACCGACUCCGCCAGCAAAGCCGAGAACGUGGAGUCAUGGUUCGAACGUUUGCGGCAGGCGGAAAAGGAGCUGAGUGGCCUUAUCACACACAAGUUCGAUGAGGCUGUUAAGCGCGAGGACAUGGCCAGUGUGGACCGGUUCUUCAAGCUGUUCCCGCUCCUCAACAAGCACCAAGAGGGACUAAGGAAGUUCACCACCUACCUGUGCGCUAAGGUCCAAGAGUCCACGGCCCAGAACUUGGCCUCAGCGCAGAACCUUGGGCCGAGAGAGAAGCGCUCGCACGUGGUUUGGGCCGACACCUUCACGCUGCUGUUUGAGGGCAUCGCCAGAACCAUUGAAGUGCGCCAGCCCAUCAUAGAGACUUACUACGGUGAGCAUUUCCCAGUUAGUCUUCAUAUACAAAUUCUAGUGCAUCAGAAUUUUUAUAUAUAUGCCCUCUACCCUCUCCCAGGCUUGCUGUUGUAUGAUGUUUCCUCAAUCUCUCACAUCCCAUAUCAUUUCCCUGUCACCUCCCUCUCGCACCCAUAUCACACUGUCACCAAUACUUUCCCAUGCAUCAUACCUUGCUUAUAUCCUCUGUCACCCCAUACCUUGCACAUUCUAGUAACAUUACCACCCCACUCCCCUUCCAUUACCAGGUUGGGUGUGGGCCGGGAGCUGCGGAUUGACCAGCCUGACCCAAGGGACCUGGACACACUGCUCGGGGAACUGACGCUGAUCAACGCACGGGCGGAACUCUACCUUAGGUUCAUCAGGAGGAGAGUGGCGGCCGAUUUCGAGGCUUCACUCCCGGAGAAAGAUGUACGGGAGAAGAAGGAGAGUGAGUUUGAGGCCAAGUUGUCGCAGUCCCAGCUGGUGUGCGACAUGGCAAUCUUCGUGGGUGACUACACCGUCCUGGAGCAGUUCUACCUUAACGAGUCCUUCAAGAAAGCGCUGGCCAUGGACACAGUGGAGGACGGCGCACAGACUUCUUCCAUUGUGGACGACGCUUUCUACAUCAUCAAGAAGAGUAUUAGGCGGUCCAUUGCGUCGAGCAGCGUGGACGGCGUGUGUGCCAUGCUGAACCACGCGGUGACCCUCGUGGAGACCCAGUUGGCCGAGGGUUUCCGACAGACGCUGAGAAAGGGGUUCCCGGCACAGGGCUACCUCGACCUCAACCAAGCCUAUACAGUCCUACAGUCCUCACUGCAAUCCACACUACAGGCCGGGAAGAUCAACUCCUCAUCGACAGACUCGGACGCAUUGAGACAGGCAUUCCUGACGGCCCUCAACAACACGGAGACGAGCAUUCGGCACAUCCGCAGUCUGCACGGCUCGCUGGAGGAGAGCGUCAACACCGCCAUGCCGGGCCUCUCCAUGACAGCCCGGGCCAAGCUGGACUCCUGCCUCAAUGACCUCAAGGCAACCACAGGCAAACUGGCGCUGGUCGGGGAGUUUGGAAUCUCUCAGCUGCGUGCGACAGCCGUCAAGCCGCGAGUGAAACCGUGGGUGGACACCUUCAACACAACCUCCCACGACAUCAAGGAGGAAGAGUUUGCGUCGUACGAGGCCAACGACCCGUUCAGCCAGAGUUUGAUGGUUCAGGUGGACGGGCUGCUGGGCUCCUUCGCACCGCUGCUCACCGAGGACAACUACAAGGCGCUGGUGGGUGUGCUGGUGGGGGAGGUGGCCGAGCAGCUGGAGAAAGCCGUCUUCAAGUCAUCAUUCAACAGGCUGGGCGGCCUGCAGUUUGACCGAGAGGUGCGGGCCAUCGUGGGCUACCUCUCGCAGGUGUCGGAGUGGGGCGUGAGGGAGCAGCUGACGCGCCUCACCCAGAUGGCAACACUGCUUAACCUGGAGAGCCUAGCAGAGGUGUCCGAGUACUCCACCACCACCACCUGGAGACUCACGCCGUCGGAGAUGAGGAAAGUGCUGCAGCUGAGAGUGGACUUCAAGGCUGAGGAGAUCAAGAGACUGAAGCUGUAGUGGGUGGCAAGAGAAGCUGUCCCGGGUGGUGGUCGUUGGUUCUCCCUUCCCAGCGCCGUGCCACGCAGCCGCCCCUGGCAAGAGAAACUGAUGUAACAAUUCUAAUAAAAGUACCUGGACACGUUUUGAA